GGCGCGCUGCGUGCCGGGAGGUUUGGCUGUGGUGGCGGGCGGUUGGUGAACGGUCGCCAGUAUGGCGGCAGGGAAUGGGUCGCUCUCGGAUUUUCCCGAGAGCUUCAAUGAUUCGUUUUGUCCGAAGUGCUCCGGCAUGGAGUACGCGGCCGCUGCCAAGUGGGUUCGGUUGAAUGUAGGCGGCACUCGAUUCCUGAGCACCCGGCAGACCCUGUGCCGCGAUCCCAAGUCAUUCCUGUACCGACUGUGCCAAGCCGACCCGGACCUGGACUCGGACAAGGAUGAUACUGGUGCCUAUCUAAUAGACCGAGAUCCCACCUAUUUUGGCCCAAUCCUGAACUACCUGCGGCAUGGAAAGCUGGUUAUUAAUAAAGAUUUAGCAGAGGAAGGUGUACUGGAGGAAGCAGAGUUUUACAACAUCACAUCACUAAUAAAGUUAGUGAAAGACAGGAUAAGAGAGAGAGACACCAAAACAUCACAGAUCCCAAUGAAACAUGUCUACAGAGUGCUACAGUGCCAAGAAGAGGAACUCACCCAGAUGGUGUCGACAAUGUCUGACGGAUGGAAGUUUGAACAGCUGGUCAGUAUGGGUUCUUCCUACAACUAUGGAAAUGAAGAUCAGGCUGAAUUUCUUUGUGUGGUCUCCAGAGAAUUGCAUAAUACACCUUAUGGCACAAAUUCUGAACCCAGUGAAAAAGCCAAGAUUCUGCAAGAACGUGGAUCGCGGAUGUGAAGUCAGUAUUGACCUUGACCAUGGAAGGAGCUUUAAGUUAUUGUACUGUCAGAGAAAUGCAAAUGGAAACAGAGACAAACAUAAGUGCUCUGUGACAUGAACAUUUCUUGCGAAAUGUUUAAACAUGGAUUGAUUUUUCUUUCUGUCUCCGUCUCACUUUCUCCCCCUCGCACUUUCACGCCCUCGCCCUUUCUCGUCCCCUCGCCUGUCCCCGUCCUCUCGCCCUCACCCAUCCCCCCUUGCCACAAUCACCCCCCCCCCCCCCCCCCCCCCCCCCGCACCAAGUUUUCUAACUGACAGUGAACACUUCAAGGGUUUAGAAAUGUUUAUGCAUUAUAAAGACGGCCAUAUAUUGAAGCCUGUCUGUGCUAGCUGGGAGCAGCAUUGAUACCUCCAUAUCAGGGACUCAUCUGGCCAGAGGGCUGCUCUGAUGCUUCCUUUCCCUCCUGGGAUUAGACCAAUGAACUCCUGUUUACAAAAGAAUUAGCUUGUUAUUUUACAAAGAAACCUGGAGCCUGAAUCAAGUGUAUAACUGAGGUACAGUUUAUCAAUUACAGAACGGAGGCUGUGCCUCAUUCAACAGAUGCACAAUUCCACCCAGAGCCACUUUGAUUACACUAGUUCCUUUAUAAAUGGUUAUGUAUGUGGCAAGAAGAAACAUGUUUAGUGGCUGGGUCAUCAUCACUCACUGUACCUUGUAAAUAGGCUGUUUUAGUUGGCUGGGUGCUCUGGAAGGGACUGGGAGAUGGGCAUAAAAAGUUUGAUUAAGGAAUUCAGCACCUGCUGUCAACUAAAAGUAGUUUCAAUUAAAGCUCAUUGUUCAGGGAAAUAAAUGAGUUAAAGAAACCAUUAAAUUCUGAUGGGGUAUUUUCAAUCUGAUUGCCUGGUUUACUGCUUUUUAUUUCACUAAUUGCUGUUUGAAGUGGUUUGUAUGCUUUAGAAUUCCUUUGUAUAUAUUUUUUAGGGUUCUUGUGGAUUAUUAAAGAUGAACUACCUAUAGGUUAAGCUGCUAAACUUUUUCCAUAUGUUUUAAACCUUUAUAUAAAAAUUGUCCAAACAAAUCCAACCCUUGGACUUGCUGAAAUGACACCAUUUCAGAACCAUACUUCAAUAAUGUUUAAGCACAUUUCUUGCUGUCAGAAACUACAGUGCUAUUGUCCACAAUCAUGAUUUGAGCAAAAAAAAGCUCAACAAAACAAGUUAGCUACCAUCUGCAUUGAGUUUAUGCUACAUAGGGAACUCAUUUUAAGCCUGUAACUGAAGUUGAGUGUUCCUUCUCCCUCUCCCUUACUCAAUGAAAAUAUGGUUUUCACUCUCCCUCUCUCUUUAUUGAGACAUACGAACAGAAUGUGAGGGCAUUUACUAUCCAGGCCUCCUUCCCAUAUUAAAAUAGCUUCCUUAACAAUUCCUGAUCUGACUUGCCACAGGAAAAUUAGUCAUUUGAGUGAAGGUGCCAGCUGGCCAUGAAAUGAUACCCUUCAAAAAGACAAAGUAAGUGUUUGGGGGGGUGGGUGGGGGGGGAAAUGAAUUGAUAGGCAGGCAACACCUACACCUGCCAAAACAUGAUUACAAAAUGUUACCUCUGGUUAUGGUUUUCCAAACCCUCUUAUCCUUGUUUACACAGCCUGAAACCCUUUACAUUGGUAUUUAAGCAGACCUGCAACACUUUCCCUCAUAAGAACAAAGUGCUGGAAAUGCUCAAGAGGUCUGGUAGAAUAUGCUGAAAGUUUACAUUUGGGAUCAAUUGACAUGAAACUUUAGUUGUUUCUCUCUCCAUAGAUGCUGCCUGUGCCUGACCUCAGUAUUCCUGGCAUUUUCAGUUUUAUUUCCGAAUUCUAGUAUCUGCAGUUUUUUUGUCCUUCUACUCAUGUUUUUAUUGCGAUACGCCACACUCUGUGUUGCUGCCACAUCAUUCAACAGACUCUGGUUUGAUCCUGACCUUGAGUGCUGUCUGUGUUUGCAUGUUCUCGCUCCAGCUGCAUGGACUUCCUCCAGGCACUCCAGUUUCCUCCUGCAUCCCAAAGUCAUGCUGACAGAUUAAUUGACUUGUGUAAACUACCUCUAAGUGUGGGUUAAUAGCAAGAAGAAUCAAAAAGGAGUUGAUGGGUAUUUGAGAGAGAGAAUAAGUUAUGGGUUAACUGACAAUGGGGGAGUGGGACUAAUGGAAUUGCUCCCCUGGGAGCUGACAUGGAGAUAAUGGGUUAACUGGCCUCCUUUUGUGUCAUUAUAAUUUGAAAUUAUUUCGAAUCAAAGGGGUCCUUGCACAGCUCAAAUUACAAUCUCGCUGAGCGGUGAAUGUUCAAGUGCCUAUCAGAAUGCUACUCUCUCCAUUUCAAUUGUGAAAAUCCUCAGCAGAGUGCUUCUAGAGCCUCUCACUUGUCAUUUGGGUUUAUCUAACCUCUAGACAGUUGCUAUCACCCUUCCAAAGCUACAGUAUGUUCACUAAGUGGAGGGAUUGAUGUGGAUGCAGUGUGCAUCAAGGAACUGCAUCCUGCUCCCAAACUGAAUUACUUAAAACCAUGUACACUGAAUACACCAUAACUGCUGGUUGGAAUCCAGGCUCCCUUCUUUGUAUAGGGGUCUGCAAAAUCUGCAUUCCUUUGUGCAGUCUCUACCUGUGGUGAACCCUUCACGUUCUGGGCCAAGUCCCAGCUGUUCAAAUGUAAAAUAGUACAGAUGCCAUAAAUCCAAUUAAAAACGGAGCAUGGUAGAAAUGGUCGGCAGCACCUAUGGUGAGAGAAAUAGUUAAUGUUUAAAUGAAUAACCUUCUGUCAAAACUGAGGAAAUAGAAGAUGGCAGUGUUGAGGUGGAGACACAGACCAGAGAAAAAACAUCUAUGAUGGAUGGGUGACGGGAGAUUAAAGAGCAGAGGGACUAAGAAUUCAAGAUGUAAAGAUGUACAGAAAUGAUGGUCUGGAUGGAAGAAGCAGAAUCAUUUUGAAUUACUAUUAGAAAGUAUUUUGGUUGCUUUAGAAAUGGAAACAGAGAAUGUUGUAAAUACUCAUUAUCUGGGCCAAAUGUAUUUCUGUAGGUACUUAUAGUUAAUGGGUAAAUUAAUUGUAAUUUUGGUGGAAGAGAAGAUAAAUAAGUCUGAGCCACAAGGACAGCAGGAGGCUACAAUUUGAAUCUAGAUUGGGAAGUGUGUAGCCAGGCUAGAAUCUGAUUCUGAUCACUGUUUCAUGGAUGUCUCUUCCUUCAAAUAAUCCACCAGAGAUGAAUUACCACUGAGUAUUGGAGACUGACUGGCUUUGCGAACUGUGCUCCACCACACAAUUACCAGCAGAGGAGAGGAGAAAAUUGGUUAAUAACUUGCUUUAUUUAUGUUUCCACUUGAGGGCAGUGCAAUGCAGAGCUCAGUUCCUGUUCUCCAAAAAUAGUCCAGGGCUGCAGCCGAUGCAUCAUUAAUCUUUUAAGGGCUAUGUGCAUGUCCAAGGGGGUCCCUUUCUCGUUACGGUAGCAAAAGUAUAGUUGCUUUUUUUUUGUUUGUGGAAUCCAUAUAAACUGUUAUCAAGAAUUACUGAUCAUUCUUCCAAAGUUUGCUUCAUUUUCUUGUGAUAAAUUUGAAUAAGCUGAAAGUUUUUAUGUAAAUUUCUGGAUUUGGCUGAACAAAAUAAAAUCCCAUCCCUUGGUCUGAGUGU